AUGGAGGGCCCGGCAUUACAUCAACAUAUCGUGCCUGCUGAGACAUCAUCAGCUCAUAAUGCUAUAUUUCCUUCUUCAAGCAAGAAGUUGCAGCCAUCACUGCGGCCCAUAGACUAUGGCCCCUCUGAUGAACGUAUUCAGACUGUGCCAGAUGACCCAGCAGCAAGUCAGAAUGCCUUUGAACAAGUGCCUUCAUAUGGAACAACUCAGUUUCGGAGGUUGACUGUUACCUCUUUGCUUCUUCUUGCAAACCUUGUGCAGAUGAUCGUGAACUUUGCUGGAGUCGCUGGUGGAAGCAGACUCAGUCGUGCGAUGGGCGUGAACGAUUCUUAUUCCUCGUGGAUGGCAGCUAGUUACGCUCUUACCCAAGGUUCAUUCGUCAUGAUAAGCGGUCGAGUCGGCGAUGUUGUCGGCCACAAACAGCUACUUUUGAUUGGAGGGGCAUGGCUCAGUAUUUGUACUUUGAUUGGAGCAUUUUGCAACAAUUUCUUCGCUUUCAUUACAAUGAGAGCCCUUGCUGGCGUUGGUGGUGCAAUCAUCAUGCCUAACGCUGUGGCGAUGAUAUCAGCGACAAAUCCACCGGGUCGUAUGCGGAACCUCAGUCUGGGGUUGUUCGCUGCUUCGGCGCCUAUUGGUGGCUACUGUGGAGCUUUGUUUCUGGGUGCAUUUAUAGUGCAUACUGAGUUUAAGUGGUUUUUUUUGUUUAUCUCUCUUCUCGGUGUUGUAACUUUCAUACCUCUUUGGGCACUUGCACCUUCCGAAUCGCCCGUGGACAAAAAUGGAAAGAUUGAUUGGACUGGAUCGGCAUUAGGCACGAGUGCGUUGAUGCUCUUUAGCUUUGUGUGGAAUCAAGCGCCAAGUGCUGGCUGGUCCAGUCCAUAUGAAAUUGUCUUAUUGAUAAUUUCAGUCGUUCUUUUUGUUGCCUUCAUCUUCUGGGAGAAACACAUGGCAUCUGAACCAAUCAUGCCACUAGAUGCUUUCAAGGCUCCAGGGUUUCAGAUUCUCCUCCUAGUCAUUCUACUCAACUUCAUGGCUGUCGGAACUUUGAUCUGGUACCAAGUACUCUGGCUCCAAGAAAUCUGGCACUGGUCUACUCUCCAUUUCGCAGUUGGCUGGAGUCCCUUCGUCGUCUGUGCCACUGCCGCGGCAUCCCUUGCAGCAUGGCUAAUCCCCAGACUAGCAGCGCAGUGGAUACUUGCCCUAGGCACCGUGGCAAUUCUAGUCUCGAACCUACUAAUGGCCACUCUGCCGGUAAAACAAACUUACUGGGCACAGGUAUUUCCCUCGGUUGUUCUUUUCUCGUUUUGUCCUGAUUUCGUAUACACGGCCGGGCAGAUUAUUGCGAGUAAUUCCGUUCGAAGACGCCAGCAAGGUGUUGCGGGAUCUAUUAUUGGGACGCUGAAUUUGUAUGGAAAUAGUUUGGGCUUGGGCUUUGCAUCGACUAUUGAGGUGCAGGUUGCGAAUCAUUUUCAGAGUCGGAUUAUGGGCAUUAGAGGGGCUUUGUUCUUUGGUGUGGCGGUUAGUGCUCUUGCGUUGGUUUUGGAUAUUUGUUUCGUGAGAAUGGUUAAGGAUGAGAGGGAGGGGUGGCAUGAAGAGGACCAGGUAUCUUUGAAUGAAAUCGAAUUGCAGGAUCAGGCUGCGGCGACUGGAUCAGAACUUCCGGCUAUUUCGUCAAGAGCUUGA